GAUUGCCAAAUUUCCGAAUUUCAUUUUACAAAGCAAAAGCAAAUGUCAACAUUGAAAUAAUUUGUCUGUGUUAUUUCGCAUACAUUGAAAUUCCGAUUUUGUUUUCUUUUGUCGCGUGGUGUCGGUUUUAUACAUUUCGUAUGCUUGUAUUUAAUACUUAAUGAUAAUAAGAUAAAGAUUACUAUUUAACUUGGAAUUAGCCUCGUUUUAUAUCAUUUCGCACGCUUACCUUCACACCACAAUAUCGCCACAAUGGAAAACCUUGAUCAUAGUAAUAAUAAAAACGUGUCGCUAAGUUUAAUUGCGGCCUACGGUGAAUCUGAUUCCGAUUCGGAAUAUACUGAAACUCAAUCAAAUACCGGUAAUGAGGAUUCUGACACAGCGGAACUUAGUGAAAUGGUGUUAAAGAAUAAUAUCAUAAACGCAUGUGCUCACGGGCCACUGGCGAGAUCUAUCUUAAGGGAUGACGAGGACACUACUAGGCACAUGAUUAUAGACAGUUCCGCGAGUGGGGUGGUGGAGUACGAGGUUACAGAAUACAGGGAUUCUAGUGAUUCAGACUCGAGUGACUCCAGCAAUAGUGAUGUGGACUCUGUUAAAGAUAUAGAAGAAAUUUCGAGCGGAGAUGAGGAGACAGUGAAUCGUAACGAGAAACCGGAACCGCCGCGAGUUCAAGGCGAGCUCGCGCUGGACGACCUUCCGCCGAUCGAAGACCUCGCCAUCAGCUUGCCAGCACAGGAAACUACCAAGAUUGGCACCAUUGCCAGUAUUGUUGAUCGAUUAGUUAUCGUUCGUUCCUUUCCUGAUACACCUGCAGUGGAUCUGGACAGCAUUCUCUUCUUGGAUAACGGUGCAAAAACGCUAGGAAAAGUGUUCGAUGUAUUUGGUCCUGUAACGGAGCCUCACUACUGCGUGCGGUUCAAUUCUCAGGAGCACGUGAAGGACCGCGGCGUGCAGCCCGGCCUCGACGUGUACAUAGCGCCGCGCUCACAGCAACACACCAACUAUGUCUUUCUCAAUGAACUCAUGAAAUUAAAAGGAUCAGACGCAUCAUGGCGGAAUGAUAUAGAACCUCCGCCGAGUCAGGUCGACUACUCCGACGACGAGGAAGAGAGAAAGGCGAAUAGAGCGAGAAAAGAACAAAAUAGACAAAACAAAGAAGAAAAUUCUGAGAACAAUGGCGAGACAUCAAAGAACCGCAGGCCUACUGAAAAUAGACGAAACCAGCGGCCGUCAGAGUCGAGUAGCAGAUUUGGAAGUGGUCCCAGCAGAGGCAGAAACCCGUUCGCUGCUGGAUCUAGAAGGAACAAUCCGAACACGUUCCCGAGAUUUGCAAGGCCUUGGCUUGGAAAUAUGGACAUGAGGACCCCUCCACAUCCCAACGAUCCCGGCGGCCAUCCUCCUUUUAGUGCGCCGCCGUUUUCUCCCAAUAUGCCACCAAUGUUCCAAUCUUACACCCCGCGCAUACCAGCCUCGUUCAUGGGUAAUGCAUUCCAGUUCGGAGCGAACCCGCGGAUGCCUGGCCCAAUACCCCCCAUGGGUGUACCACCGUUCAGGCAUGGAGUGCCAGUAUUUGGUGCUAAUUUCUGCAAUCUGCCCGGUCCACAACCCCAAUGGAUCAACGGCCUCCCACCCCCACCAGGGACCUAAUCAUACGCACAUAACUUAAAUUCGGUUGUAAGGUUUAUCUCGUAAUAAUUAUAGUCAGUAGAAUUGUACCGUUUAACUAUGCUAAAGUGUGGCCACCCAAAAAUAUAUUUAUAUUUAUAUGAAUAAACGAUAAUUAUAGCAGUAUA